AAACAAAUGCGAAAAAAAAAAAAAAACCAUUGCAAGCAAAAUUUCUGCUUCUUCAGCUCUCCUUCUGUUUUGGCAUUUCGAUUUCCGAUCAUGGAUUGAGCAAUUGUCCUUUUUACUUGAUCGAUUCCUUCGAUAAACUCCGGAUCUUUUGUGUGGGUUUCUCCUUGGUUUGCAUAAUCUUUUUCUUUCUGAUCAAUCUAAUCCAAUCCAGAAAUUUGAGUCUCAAAGUUUUACUUUUUCGAAUCUGUUUCUCCAAAGACAUGUAGGGUUUAUAGUUUUCUCAUGGAGAUUGUUUGGAUUCUAAGCUUGCAACGUAUCCAUUUCCCUGAUCUUGUGCGGAGUUGUUGAUUUGUUACGGAGUACGCCAUUUUGGAACUUCGCUUCAGACAAGGCUAUCGUCUGUUUUAAACUGAAGUGAAGGUUCUCUGGAUUGCUUCAUUUAGAUCAAAAUAGAGGUUUAUCUGACUUAGGCUUUUAAGGUUCUUGACAAACAGAUUCGAGUUUUUGUUCUGUAUCAAAGUGGAUAUAUGUGGAGGAGAUAUACUUAAGACUUGGAGGCGGUUUAGUUUUAAAGAUAACAUUUUGCUGUCCAUUUUCACAGAAGUUGAAGUGAGGCAUGGAAGAUGUGUCCGAGUCUGAUAAUGUUGAGACCUCCAUUAUCCACCUUCCAGAUGAUUGCUUAUCCUUUAUCUUCCAACGACUUGAUAAUGUUGCUGACCAUGAUUCAUUUGGUUUGACUUGUCAUCGCUGGCUCAACAUCCAAAACAUUAGCCGUCGAUCUUUACAGUUCCAGUGUUCUUUCACUGUCCUGAACCCUGCUAGUCUGUCUCAGACAAAUCCUGAUGUCAAUUCCUAUCAUCUCCACAGGCUUCUCACUCGAUUUCAGUGGUUGGAGCAUCUUUCCCUUUCUGGUUGCACGGUGCUGAAUGAUUCGAGUCUCGCCUCGCUCAGGUAUCCUGGUGCAAGACUGCAUAGUCUUUACUUAGAUUGUUGCUUUGGGAUUUCUGAUGAUGGGAUCUCCACAAUUGCUAGCUUUUGUCCCAAUCUCAGAGUUGUUAGUCUCUACCGCUGCAACAUCAGUGACAUUGGAUUGGAGACAUUGGCCAGGGCUUCCUUGUCUCUAAAAUGCGUGAAUCUCUCGUACUGCCCUCUGGUAUCUGAUUUAGGGAUAAAAGCAUUGUCACAAGCAUGCUUGCAGCUUGAGUCAGUGAAAGUCUCAAACUGCAAGAGCAUUACUGGUGUUGGCUUUAAUGGCUGUUCUCCAACUCUAGGCUAUGUGGAUGCAGAGUCUUGUCAGCUUGAGCCGAAGGGUAUAAUGGGGAUCAUUAGCGGAGGUGGGAUUGAGUUUCUUAAUAUUUCAGGUGUAAGUUGCUACAUCCGCAAAGAUGGUUUGGUACCUAUUGGAUCUGGGAUUGCAUCAAAACUUAGAAUGUUGAACCUAAGGAUGUGCAGAACGGUUGGUGAUGCAUCCAUCGAAGCUAUAGCAAAAGGUUGUCCAUUGCUCCAAGAGUGGAACCUGGCUUUGUGUCAUGAAGUUAAGGUUUCGGGAUGGAAAGCCGUCGGAAAGUGGUGCCGUAACUUGAAGAAACUCCAUGUGAACCGUUGUAGGAACUUAUGUGACCAAGGGUUACUUGCUCUACGAUGCGGUUGCAUGAACCUCCAGAUUCUCUACAUGAACGGGAAUGCGAGGCUGACCCCUACAGCAAUUGAGAUGUUCAGAUUACAUAGAGCCGAUAUAACACUAAGGACAGAAGAAAUGAUGGUCAUAGGACCAGACUGGAGACUAUAUGCACAAGAAUGAAGCAUCAAUUUGUACCCAACAGUACAUGAUUCUUUCAAGUUCAUACGAGAUUUCUGGGAUCAAUGUGUUGGUCUUGUCCAGAGGCAAACUGCAAGAAAAGAUAUAUUCUAUAAUAGGCUUCAAGUUGUUAAUAAAGUAUCAAAAUCUUUUACUGGUCAAUAGUGUUGUUUCAAAUCCAGUAAAAGAAGAAGAGAAUCGAAUAUUAUAUAAAUAUAUCAAUAGAAAGGUCUUUAAUCAA